AUGAUUGGUCGUGGUAAUGUCUUAGUUGGAAUUCUCUCGAUUGUAUUUCUGAUCUUGGGCUCGCUGUAUUCCCAAAGCGACGUGAUUUAUACCCAACUUUUUGAAGACAUUUUAAAAGAGAAAAAUAAGAUGCCACUUCCUAUACCCAUGGAGCCCCAACAAAUCAAACGUUUGAACAAUUACGCUGGCAGUGAUUGUGGUGCAAAGGUACUUACGACGAACGAAGGGUCUAUUGGAGCGAACAAUUUGUUGAAUACGAAUCGAGACAGUUACUAUCUUUCUCCGUGCAAGAAUCACGUCCACUUUGUUAUUGAGUUAUGCCAAGCAAUUCAAAUCAAACAAUUUGGCGUUGCCAAUUACGAGUUGUUUAGCAAUCAAUUUGAGAAUGUUUCUUUGUCGUGUUCAGUGAAUGGGACGCAGUGGAUUCCACUGGGGAACUUCACUUUUGUGAACCAAAAGAUCUUACAUUUGGUGACCAUCCCGACUCCAAAGUGGUGUCGCUACGUCUUAUUUGUUGAGAACAGUUGGUACGGAAAGGAGUUCUACUGUUCGAUCAAUCAAUUUGUAGCUUAUGGGGUGUCUUCCUUAGACGAAUUAGUCGUUACUAUAGUUCAACCAGAAGAAGUUAAAACAGUGGUGGCAACUUCUUUAGCUGAAAACAUGACAAAGUUCGCCGAAUCUCAAAUUCUUGAGAUUCAGAGAUUAAAUAAGGAGAUCGUUCGUCUCAGAAACUCAUUUUACGAUCUCGAACACUUAUCAAACGGAAAGAUACAAACAACCUUCUACGGCUUACUUAUAUUGUCGAUAGUCCUCUUUCUCGUGUUGGCCUAUUGGCUAUUCAUGUUGUCAAAACAGUGUUAUAUCACGGAGUUGAAGGCUAAACAACCUUCGUUCCAACUCCUCAAUCCAAGACCAACUUUCUCGCCACCACUCCAACAGAUGGCGGCGCACAAAAAGGCAGAUGCAAUGUCAAAUACACUCGGAAAUAUAUUGGCGGGAGCUAUUAAGUCGACGUCAGGGUCAGCACCAAGCUCAAUGUCGGCUUCUUUGUCAUCUUCACCAUCACGGUCACCACCAUUGGGUAAGAGUCUGACUCCACCUCCGAGGACUAACUGA